AUGAAUAAAUCAGAAUUUUUAAAUUAUAAGAAAAAUUUGAAGAUUAGAGAACAGUCAUCAUCUAACACUCUUUGGUUAGUUAUUUAUGUCUGCCUUAUUUAUUUGCUUUUUGGAUCAUUUAACAUUUGUGGUAAAUUUUUUCUAACUUGCACAUACAUCUAUUCAUUUUCAGAUAACUUUUCAGUAUUAAACUAUCGUUCCUUAAAUUUAGCUAAUUUUCAGUAAUUGAAUAUUUAAAGAUAUUAUAGAUGGUUUCUAUUUGAAAUGGUUGGACCUUUGAGUCUUCCUUUAAUACCUGAUAUUAUUGGCAGAAUGAAAUUCAAGUUUAUUUUCCUAAUUGCGUCACUUGGACCUAUAUUAUUUUUGACCCCAGCUUUAUAUGCUAGUCUUUGUAAAGACUCAGGAAAUUCAGGUUGCAACACAUUAUUGAUAUAUUGUUGUGCAUUUGUAGUUUCAAUAAUAGCUGGUUUAAUGUAAUCUUUACUUUUAUUUGUUAUGUUAUUCUACCUAUCUAAUUUAGCAAAAAGUAGAGAAAAAGUUAUAUAUUAUGGUUCAUUUUUUUUAAUGUAAUCCAUGGUUCUAUUUAAAUAGACAUUCUCUUUAAUGGCUACUUGGAAGUCUAAUAGGCGAGAUAUUUAUAACAUAUGAUAAUAUGAAUACUAGAAAUACUAUAUCUAAAGUUUUUGGAAUUCUUAUAAUUAUGUAAUUCUCAAUAAGUUUAAUAUAUCUUACUAUUCCAGAGAAUUAUAAUGGAAGAUAUUAUAGUUUUUAGAAAACAUUAAUUCAAUUUUAUAAUUAAAAAUCAUAAAAGCAAUCAAAAAUGGAUUCUAAUUAAUAAGAUAUAAGAGAACUAUUACUAAAAUCAUCAAAUUCAGAAUGUGAUGAUAAUGAUGUAAAUAACACAUUUUAUAAUACACAAUAAAAUGAUAAAUGUAAUGAAAAACAAUAGUAAACAGACUUACAUUUAUUUACAUCUCAACUAUUGUAAAAUUCGAAUACAAAAUCAAUAUUGACAUUAUAGUGUUUUUCAAUUGAAGAGAGAAGCUUAAUUGAACUAUUAGAAUCUUCUUAAAGCAAUUAAAAUUGCUCAAAUUUUAUAUGUAUUGAUGAAUAUUAAAAUCGAUCUUACUUUUCAAAACUCUACAUUACAUUAGAUAAACUCUAUAAGGAUGGUUUUUCAUGGGUUCUAUUCUUAUUAUGUUUUAUUGCCAGCAUUUAAUCAUUUUUAUAUAUUUAUUUCUUCCCUUUUUUUGCUCAACCAGGGACUAAAUAAUUAACAAUUUAAGCUGCCUUUGUUUUAUAAGGAUAUUUAUAUGUUGGUGUUGGGGAAUUAUUUGGUUCAUUUGGAAUAGGAAUGCUUGGAGAAUCAAAAGAUAAGAUAAAGUAAAUUUUUAAUUAUUAUUAUAGUGCUCUAAUUUAUAUAUUAUAUAUAUUUUAAUUUGGAUGUUUAGUAGCUUGGGCUUCUUAUUUAUUUUAAUAUGAAAUAUUAAUAUUAGUAUUCUCUAUCACAACAGGAUUUUGUGAUUCAUCAAUGACAUCAACUGUAAUUUCAGUUUUAACUUUGAGAUUCCCUAAAGUAAUAUGUUAUUGUUAUAAAUAGUAUAUUUAUUUAGUGGAUUUAAUGUAUUUUAUUUAUUCCUUAUCAUUUGCAGCCCUAGCAUUAAUUUUUAUCUCUUGCAAUUUUGAUAACAACACUUUUUUAUCAUUAAUUUUACUUUAAACUAUUGGGUUACUAGGCCUAUUUGCAGUAUAUAAAAUCAAUCACUUAAUUGAAAAUAAUUAAAUUUAAAUAGUUAAAUGA